CCACAAUUUGAAACUGGUGGCCCCUAUUAUCAUAUUGCCAGGCUCCAUGAAUGGACAAUGUCAUUGGCCGUGAGAGACAAUGAUCACGACACACAAGUCGAGGCAUCAAGCGCUCAGCUGUCCAUGGAAAGGGGAAAGGAGGGAGGAGGAGGAGGGGGUCGAAGAGGAGGGGCAACAUGCGCGUAGGAUGAGCAGGAGGAGCCUCAGGCGAAAGAAAGAGGACCAGAAGGAGGAGAAAACGGACAAGGUGCAAAUAGGUGCCAGGCAGGAGGAGGGGGAGGAGGAGGGGAGGAGUGAGUGGAGGCGUGAGGGGAGGAGGGAGGCGAGGGGGAGGAGGAGAAUAAGGGUCUUGACAGGGGAAGAGCAGGAGUCUGGAGAGAAGAGGAGGAGAGGAGGAGAGGAGUGGGAGGGGCAUGAGCUGGCAGCACAGGAUGAGGCAAGUGAGCCAAGUUCAGGCAAGGAGGGUGUAGCGGACCUCGGGUUAGCCUCCACGGUGCAGUGUACACCUGCGCCCUCCUCAGUAGUGGGCUUCCCGACAUCUCCGUCGCGGUUCGCCCCUCUCGCUACUGGAGUUGAGGUAUCGCAGGACUCGACAKAGURUACUCAGCCCUCUGUCGCAGUACCGUCUGCGCCUCCGCAGACCACCGUCUCCCCUCCUUCCCCGCCGCGACUACCGACACGUCGAGCCAUUCGCUCAGCCUGUUGCAGCGAGCAGCUUGCUACUCGCGAGGACAUUGUGUCCUCUAUUCUGGACUUGAGCAUGCUCCAGGCUCGUCAGGAGCGACUCACCCUCCAUGUUGUUGCACUGCGUCGCCUUCUUGCCAUCCUCUCUGACCCUGAUCGCACCCUCCCGAUCAUCCCCGUACGACUCGGGACCUCCAUGAGGGUGUACUCAUCGCUGUGGGAUUCUGGUUCUCAGGGCGACUUCAUUCACCCACGCGUGGUGAAGGAAGCCCGCUUACCCACGACAGGGUCUCCGACUCCCAUGUCCGUUACCCUAGGGGAUGACAAGACCCAGCGCUUCUUCGAUCAUACGGUCACCGACCUCCCCUUCUUCCUCACUCUCGAGCCGACUGAGCGUUCCCCGGCAUCUCGUCGCCACCGCUCCUCUGCACAUUUCGAUGUGAUGGAGACGGGGUAYGACUUCAUUCUCGGCACUCCGUGGUCUCGUCGGUUCCGCAGCACCGAGGCCGAUUGGGCGACCAACACUCUCGUUCUCAAAACGAAGUGUGGACAGACGUAUCGCGUACCUUUCAUAGGGACCACGGCGACACCACGCCCCGAUCCUCCUCCCCCGGAGCCUUCAGUGCCCACUACAUCUCCCUCUAUCACUUUCACCUCGCCUCGGCAGUUCGCUCACUUCAUUCGACAGGACGAUGUCACCUUCUUUAUGGUGGACGUGACGGAUCUCUUAAACUAUGAUCCACCCUGUCCCGACGCCGAGCUCAUCCCUCUGGAGCCAGAUCCUCCCUCUAUCUUCAUGGCUCCCAUCUCUACUUCCGUCCCUCCGCCGUCCGUCGAGUCCACCCCGCCGUCGCGCGCUGACGCCGACGUUGAGGAUUUCGCACGAUAUACGGCUGACUUGGAGCCCGCAGUUCAUGACCUCAUCCGAGAGUAUCACGACGUUUUCCCAUCGUCAUUCUCGUACGCCGGCAUCCCACCGAUGCGUGACGUCGAGCACUCCAUUCAGCUCGUGCCUGACUAUCGUGUUCACCACCAGACACCCUACAGACUCUCGAUCCCCGACGCCACCGAACUCAAGCGUCAGCUUGAGGAGCUCUUGAGACUGGGUUUCAUUAAACCCAGCAACUCCCCGUGGGAUGCACCCGUCCUCUUUGCUCGCAAAGCGGAUGGAACUCUUCGUCUCUGCAUCGACUACCGCGGCCUAAACCGCUAUACGGUUAAGAACAGCUACCCCAUGCCUCGUUCCGAUGAGCUGUUCGACCGCCUAGCAGGCAACCGCUUCUUUACGAAGAUUGAUCUUCGUAGCGGUUACCAUCAGAUCCGCGUCGCUGCAGCCGACCAGCCGAAGACCGCGUUCCGAUCGCGAUUCGGCCACUACGAGUUCACGGUGAUGCCAUUCGGCCUCACCAACGUACCCGCUACCUUCCAGAGGGCGAUGAACGACAUCUUCAGGGACAUCCUGGAGCAGUACGUUCUCGUCUACCUCGACGAUAUCCUGGUCUAUAGUCGUACCCUUGAGGAGCACCUCAGACACCUCCGCGAUGUCCUUGACCGCUUGCGCAGACAUGRCUUCUACGCCAAGCUAAGCAAGUGCCGCUUUGCCCAGCACAAAGUGAAUUUCUUAUGACACUACGUGUCUGACCAGGGUCUCCACAUGGACGACGCGAAGAUCACUGCUAUUGCGGA